GACUGGAGAAGGUGGGUCGUGACUCAACCUAUGAACAGGAGGGGAAGGUACAGUUUGUGAUGGACGCGGUUUAUGCCAUGGCCCAAGCCCUACACCGCAUGCACCGUGAGCUCUGCUCAGGGUACCCAGGCCUGUGCCCACGCAUGGCCAACAUAGACGGCAAGGAACUACUGAUCUUCAUCCGGGCGGUAAACUUCAAUGGAAGUGCUGGGACUCCUGUCACAUUUAAUGAGAAUGGCGAUGCUCCAGGACGCUACGACAUCUUUCAGUACCAGAUCAACAACAGGUCAACAGCAGAGUACAAGGUCAUUGGCCACUGGACCGACCAGCUACACCUAAAUAUGGAUGCCAUGCAGUGGACCAGUGGAGACCCCUCUGUGCCCGCCUCUGUGUGCAGCCUGCCCUGCAAGAUGGGUGAGAGAAAGAAGGUGGUGAAGGGAGUACCAUGUUGCUGGCACUGCGAGCGCUGUGAGGGCUACCACUUCCAGGCCAGUGAGUUCAUUUGCGAGCUGUGCCCAUAUGAGCAACGACCUGACAAGAACCGCACUGGGUGCCAACCUAUCCCCAUCAUCAAGCUGGAGUGGCACUCACCCUGGGCAGUGGUGCCAGUCUUCAUCUCUGUCCUGGGCAUUCUGGUUACCACCUUCGUCAUCAUCACCUUUGUGCGCUACCACGACACUCCCAUUGUCCGAGCCUCGGGCCGGGAGAUGAGCUAUGUUUUGCUCACAGGUAUCUUCCUGUGCUAUGCUAUCACCUUCCCCAUGAUCGCAGCCCCUGACGUUGCCGUUUGCUCCAUAAGGCGCAUCUUCCUGGGCCUGGGGAUGUGUUUCAGCUAUGCAGCUCUGCUUACCAAAACAAACCGCAUCCACCGCAUCUUCGAGCAGGGCAAGAAGGCUGUGACAGCACCGCGGUUCAUCUCCCCGGCCUCCCAGCUGGUCAUAACCUUCAGCCUGAUCUCAGUUCAGUUACUGGGUGUUUUUGUGUGGUUCACCGCCGACCCGCCGCACAUGGUGGUGGACUAUGGCGAGCAGCGCACACAGGACCCUGAGAACGCCCGUGGGGUGCUCAAGUGUGACAUCUCAGACCUCUCACUCAUCUGCUCGCUUGGAUACAGUAUUCUCUUGAUGGUCACAUGCACUGUUUACGCCAUCAAGACCAGGGGAGUGCCAGAGACCUUCAACGAGGCUAAGCCUAUUGGAUUUACUAUGUAUACUACGUGUAUAAUUUGGUUAGCUUUUAUACCUAUCUUCUUUGGGACGGCACAGUCAGCAGAAAGGAUGUACAUCCAGACAGCCACGCUGACCGUCUCCCUUAGCCUGAGCGCCUGCGUCUCUCUGGGGAUGCUCUACAUGCCCAAGGUCUACAUCAUCAUCUUCCACCCGGAGCAGAAUGUCCCCAAGCGCAACCGCAGCUUCAAGGCCAUCGUCACCAUCGCCACCAUGACCAGCAAGCUGUCCCAGCUGGCCUCCGAGCGACCCAACGGAGAGGUGCAGACCGAAAUCUGCGAGGGCAUGGAUGCCAGCAUGCCAUCAUCCAAAACAACGUAUGUCAGCUACACCAAUCAUGCCAUCUGAAGAGAGAAGCACUGAAUAGAGGAUUACUGAGGAAUUCCACUUGCAGACUUGGAUGUGUCAGAUUCACACAUGACAGGGCGUUCCAACAAGCAUGAGACAUUGAUAUUGCUCAGAGUCCAAAUGACGACUGAGAGCGUGGCAGUCAACAUAAAUAUGCCUGCUCUUUCAUGUUCACAGACAGAGCUAAUGGGCCUCCUAUAAGCGGACAAAACUAAAUGAAUGGUCACUAAACAAUUUUAGAUCAUUUAAAUAGAAAUUGUUGGGAUCAACCAUGUUAGUUAGUUAGUUAGUUAUUCUAAUUAUACGUAUUUUGUGGUUGUAAAGAUUUCUCAUUCUUGUCUCAUGUCGUCUGAACUGCAUUACGAGAUGAGUUUGUCUCUGUGUCGGCUAACUGAAUUGUAGCCUUGAGUUGUGAAAUCUGUUAAUGCCAUGGUUUAAGCAUGCACAUUUUUAUACAAAUACUUUAUUUAUAAUAAAGGAAUGUUUUGAAAAUGUU